UGGCGGUGACGUCACGGUUCAGCUCGCGGAAAAUGGCCGCUGUGGGGACGCUAUCAUAUAACGGCAGGAAGAUGUUCUUGGUCUUUAUGUGCGUUUUUGCCGCCGUGAACUGCGAUGAUAAAGUGCCGCUGGUGGUGUGGGCUAGUGACGGUUUUGCACUGUCUCCUGCGAAUGCUCCAUCAUCCGGCCACACGGUGUCAGUUGAUGAGCUGGGAUCAUAUUUGACCAGAGCCCUGAGCACUUCUCCUCAUAACCUACUGCUCUUCCUGCAGGAUAAAUUGAGUGUUGAGGACUUCACAAUCUAUGGAGGAGUAUUUGGAAACAAACAGGACAGUGCCUUCCGCAAUCUUGAGGGGGCUCUGCGGUCGUCAUCGUCCUCCUUGUGGCUGCCAUCUGUGUCAUCGACCGCGGCCGCAUCAGUUUGCACUCUGCUUCAGAAUCAGAUUGAAACGGCACCUCUCUACAUGAACCCAGACACCCUUGCUCAGCUGCGGCUCAAUGCAUCUGUCGCCGCCCUGCUGGUGUUCCGUCUCCCUUACAGCGGCGGGGCUGAUGUGAUGAUGUCUGCUAAAGAGAUUCUCAUUGGCAAUGAUGAAGUGAUUGGUCAGGUGAUCAGCAUCAUGAAGACUCAGUCUGUGCCGUACACCGCUGUGUUCACAGCGCUUCAGCCAUCAAGGGUGGUGGAGGAGGUGUCACUGGCUGUGCAGUCUGUCGGGAGUCGAUCUCUCCUGCAGUCUCGGCGUGGAGAACCUCCUGCUCCGUACCCACCCGUAGAGUUUAAGGAGAAGGGCUCUUCGUGCAUUCUCUUGUGGGCGGAGAAACUGGUCGUGAGCCAGUAUCGUUCCGGAAAAUGGGAAAGAUACGAUCUUGCCUCCAAAACCUUUGGUGAAGGUGUGACGCCCAACCUGGAUGGAUCAUCUUGCAACGACACUCACUCACGGCUGGUUCUGAACUAUGAGGAUGUCCUGAGUUUCCGUUCCUUCAGGCUCAUUUUAGUCAUGAACCAACGUCACUACAAGGUUUCUGCUCGCCGCUGGUUCGCCAUGGAGCUUCUUCAGCUGGAGUAUGAUGGGAAAAAAGCCUCAUUCAACGGCAGCCAUGACAUAUACGCUCCUGCCGAGUACUCGUACCGCUGCGCGUCUGUCAGCAGUUCACACUCCCCUCAGCUGUUUCCACACUCGGCCAAAGACAACGCCAACGAGUGGCAGAUUUCAUUCCAUGACUUACAGAUCCAGGGCUUUAACGUGGCCGGCAAGGAUUUCUCCUAUGCCAGCGACUGUGCUGCUUUCUUCACUCCUGGUAUCUGGAUGGGUCUUGUCACAUCUCUUCUCAUGAUGCUUGUACUCACCUACGGCCUGCACAUGAUCAUGCAGCUUCGCACGAUGGAUCGCUUUGAUGACCCCAAGGGUCCGGCCAUCUCUGUGCCGCAGACAGAAUGAAGGAUGCCAUCAGUGUUUCGUGAAUAUUAGCCUCCUGUCAUUAUGUGUGAUAAUCAUUCCGUGAGUGAAUGGAAUUUGGUUUCAAAAAUACACUUUUUUCUCUUGUAAGCUUCGAACAUCUUUGACCUGUUUCUUUUCCUUUUCUAAAGGGAAUUUGUGGUAGUUGAUGCAUCAUCCUUUGAUAUGUGCAUUAUAUUCUGCACCCUUAGUUUGUCAUUAUAGGAUUGAGAGUUAUCAGAGAUAGUCAGGGUAGUACACUUAAAAUGGCAUUCUCUUGUGAUAGACAUUUAUUUGAAUAGAUGUUUUGAUGAAUGGUCACAUUAGCAAAUGUAUACACUGUACACACUUUUCAUCCAUGUGCUUGCUACCUAAUCAUAAAAGAAGAGUGAUACGAUGGUUUGAUGUUGUCCUUGUCCGUGGCUUGUAACUGUUAAUAUGAAAAGGCUUUAUAGGUGUGUAAUUUAUUUGAUGUAAAAUUAUUUAUUUGCGGUGUGUAUGGUCAGUAUUUGUUUCAGUGUGUGGUCUGCUCUUGUUGUUCCUUGUGUUUCCCUAUGCUUUAUUGACCAAGAAGUGAAAUUAAGACCUGCUGUGUAUUAGCAAUGUACUCCUGUACAUAAUCUCCUGUACGUUAUUAUUUACAACAAUGAAAAGAGGAAAACACAUAUGCGAUACUAUAAGAUUCAUGUAGUAAUAUUUUGGAAAUGUUGAAAUGUGUCUGUUUAAUAAAAACAAAAGAUAAAUAUGAA